AUGUGGCGUCUAAUUGCCGCGGUACUGCUUCUCGUCAUUAUUCUCCUUAUUUGGCAACGCCGCCAGCGGGAUGCAACGAGACGUCAGAAAUGCUAUGAACCGCUACCCCAGCAUCAGCCCUUCGAACCAUUCAUGGGAUUAGAUUUCCAGGCGGUCAUCCAUCAAGACAUUUCUUCUCUACAUCGCUUCCAUCAGCGGUAUGGCCAUUCGUUCCAAGUGAACACACUGGCUAGUACACCGAGUAUCCUGACCAUCCAUCCCGGAAACGUAAGAGUUAUCAAUGUUCGCGAUCAUGAUUGGGGAAUACAGCCAGCCCGGUUGCCGGGAAUGGAGUUCUUCUGCGGCCGUGGCUUUCUGGCUAUGGAUGGAGAUGUCUGGCGGUAUUCACGCAAAUUGCUUAGACCGUCGUUUAACAGAAGUAAUUUGGUUGACCUAAGCAUCCUAUCGCAUGAAAUGGACAAAUUGAUAGAAAACUUACCGGAGGAAGGCACCACUGUGGACUUGCAGCCACUCUUCUACAUCGUGUUUUUAAAUACGUCGUUGCAUUUCCUUCUAGGCAUCUCCGACGAUAAACAAGACAACGCCCCAUGUGCCCCUGAAGAGUUCGUUCAGUCAUUCCAUGACGCGCUUUUCUUCACCGGGGUCCGGUUGGUACUCGGACGUAUCUGGAACUUCCUACCGCAGGGCAAAUACCUUCGGGCGUGCAAAACCGCUCAUGACUAUUUAAAUUAUCACAUCAAUCAAGCUUUGAAUGGAGAAGAUACUCCGCAACAGGGCUCGAAGUCUAGCGCGACCCGGAGUCUAGUCCAAGGCCUAUCUUCCCAGACAGACGACCCCGAAUUUAUCCGAAGCCAGAUCAUCCAAGGCAUGAUGGCAUCGCAAGAAACAACAUCGUCUCUCUUAGGCAACACAUUCUUCCUUCUAUCCCAGCACCCGAGCUAUUGGCAGCAGAUCCGGACGGAAGUCCUAGAAAAAGGCGACGACAUGCUCGACUUCGACACCCUUCUAGAAUCCAAGAUCCUACAGAACGUACUCCUCGAAUCGCUUCGCCUGUACCCAGUCUUCCCCCUAAUGGGCCGAACCGCCCUCCGCGACACAUUCCUCCCAUUCGGCGGCGGCCCCAACCACGACGCCCCCAUAUUCGUACCCAGAGGCACCCACGCCGAUAUAAGCUAUCACGCACUCCACCGAGACCCCCGCGUCUUCGGCAACGACGUUGAAAGUUUCCGACCCGAGCGCUGGGACAGUAUCACCCCGCGGCAAUGGGAGUUCAUGGGUUUCGGUGGGGGCAGUAGGGCGUGUCUAGGCCGGCAGAAGAGUUUAGCCGAGGCGGCUUAUGUGCUCGCUCGGAUGGCGAUGAAGUACGGGAUGCUGGAGAGUCGGGAUGGGGAGGAGUGGAAGGGGGAGAUGAAACUUACGUGUAAGAGUGCGAAUGGGUGUAAGGUUUCUCUGUAUAAGGCGGGUAAGUGA